AUGCCUUCAACAACUCUAAACGUAGCAUUCGCAUUCGUGGCUGCCUUCUUUUUCUUCCUCGCUGUUGGCUACAGUGGAUGGCCAUGCUCUGGAAGCAUUCUCGCUGAGCCAUGCUCCAGGACAUUUUACUUGCAAACCACCGGUGCUAUCCUGUUAACAGCAGGCCUCGUGGUCUUUGUCGGCGCCAUCAUCCUCAUUCUCGUUGUUACAAUGGGCGAUUCGUGGACUGAAAUUGUCUCCGCAGUCUUGGUUACCAUCGCGGCCAUUCUGUCAAUUGCUGGUGUCUUCUACUACUUACACACCACUAACCAAUGGUCUCCGUUCUUCUCCACCAUCGCCAUGACUCUGACGGUGGCUCUUGCAUCAAUGCUUUUAUAUGACCUUAUUUCUAGCCAUACGUGA